ACAAGUUCCUGCUGUGGCUUGAGGGAAACAGAUCCGAAAUUCAGGCACGGGAGAAUCGCACUUUGCGGCCUGUGGAAGCCCCCCCCCCCCCGAGCGAUGGCCUCACCAGUCUCCGUCUACAACUCCAACCCCUUGGACGCACACAUCUCCAGUACGUCCAGAGAGUCUCUGAAGAUGGAGUUGUUAGCCGAUGUGGCUCUGCUGCCGGGCGAGGAGAGAAUCAUUGAUAAAGACAUCAUCUACAUCUGUCCAUUCAACGGAGCGGUGAAAGGCAAAGUGUUGAUCACCAAAUACAGACUCCACUUCAAGAGCUCCGAUGCUGAUGUGGUGAUGGCGCUGGACAUUCCUUUGGGUGCCAUCAGUCGGGUGGAGAAGAUGGGCGGGGCGUCAAGCAGAGGAGAAAACUCCUACGGCCUGGAUAUCACCUGCAAGGACAUGAGGAACUUGAGGUUUGCCUUGAAGCAGGAAGGUCACAGCAGAAGAGAUAUCUUUGAGCUCCUCUUCAAACACGCCUUCCCCCUGUCACAUGGUCUGCCGCUGUUUGCAUACGUGACUCAGGAGAAGUACGUGAAGGAAGGCUGGGACAUCUACAAACCCAUGGAGGAGUUCAGACGGCAGGGAUUACCUAACAACAAGUGGCGUAUUGUGUUCAAUCAGAACUACGAGCUGUGUGACACCUACCCCACGGUGCUGGCCGUGCCCUUUAAGAGCACAGACGAGGACCUCAAGAGAGUGGCUGCCUUCAGGUCAAGAGGACGCAUACCGGUUCUAUCGUGGAUCCACCGGGAGAACCAGGCAGUGAUCGUCCGCUGCAGUCAGCCUCUGGUCGGCAUGUCGGGGAAGAGGAACAAGGACGACGAGCGCUACCUGGACGUGAUCAGGGAGGCGAACGACACCGCCAAGCUCACCAUCUACGACGCUCGGCCCAGCGUCAACGCCGUGGCCAACAAGGCCACGGGAGGAGGCUACGAGGGCGACGAGUACCAGAACGCGGAGCUCGUCUUCCUGGACAUCCAGAACAUCCACGUCAUGAGGGAGUCCCUGAAGAAACUCAAAGACAUCGUCUACCCCAACGUGGAGGAAUCUCAUUGGCUGUCCAGUCUGGAGUCGACACACUGGCUCGAACACGUCAAGCUGGUGUUGUCAGGAGCCAUCCAGGUAGCAGACAAGGUCUCCAGCGGGAACUCGGUGGUGGUGCACUGCAGCGACGGCUGGGACCGGACCGCUCAGCUCACCUCUCUGGCCAUGCUGAUGCUGGACAGCCACUACCGCACGCUGCGAGGGUUCCAGGUGCUGAUUGAGAAGGAAUGGAUCAGCUUUGGCCACAAGUUUGCCUCCAGGAUCGGCCACGGCGACAAGAACCAUGCAGAUCAGGACCGAUCACCCAUCUUCGUUCAGUUCAUUGACUGCGUGUGGCAGAUGACUAAACAGUUUCCUACAGCUUUUGAGUUCAAUGAGCGCCUCCUGCUGACGAUCCUGGACCACCUCUACAGCUGCCGCUUCGGGACCUUCCUCUACAACUGCGAGAGUGCACGAGACCAGCACGAGGUGAGGUCGAAGACGGAGUCCGUGUGGUCUCUGGUCAACAGUAGGAUGGAGAUGUAUUUGAACCCCUUCUACACCCCCGAGUCCGGCAGGGUCCUGUACCCCGUCGCCAGCAUGCGCCACCUAGAGCUGUGGGUAACUUACUACAUCCGCUGGAACCCGCGCAUACGACAACAGCAGCAGCAGAGUCCGGUGGAGCAGCGCUACAUGGAGCUGUUGGCCCUCAGAGACGAGUACUUGAAGAAGCUGGAGGAGCUGCAGCUGUCCGAUUCCCCCUCCUCCCGUCUGGCGAACAUCCCCACGCCCAACACCUCCUCCUCCACCUCCUCCCCACCGCCACAGCAAUACACACAGCUACACACGCCCCUCUAAGGGCUGGUCUCACACACACACACACACACACGCGCGCAUAUACCCGUUGACUUGCACUUAAUGUUCUUGUUUCUGUCAGCGUCUUACACCCCAGGGGAUGACUUAGUAUCAUGCAGUCCUAACUGUUGAUAACAAAGAAUGCUAAUACAAUUUUAGAUUUGAUGGGUAAUUCUAACACCAUAGUGGUGAUUUAUGCAAUAUGUCACAGUACAGCCUUGUCACAAGACCUUUCCACACACAUAUAACACACACACACACACACCGUACAGGGACGCCUUAAAGACAUUCAGUGGCUUUCUGGCCAAGGGCUUGCACUCUACGCGUCGCCGCACUCUGAAUUUGUACAGAAGCCCCGAGAGGCAAGAGGGAGAGAAAACAUUCUGGUUAUCCAUUUUCAAAAUCUGAUCAAAAUGUUGUUUUUUCUCUGCUGUGUUCCUGACGUUAGAGCAGGUGGGGAAAGAUGUUUUGCGGGGAUAAUUUUUUUAGGAUAUUGUUUUUUCAUCUGUGAAAACUAGACGUGAUUCGCUUAACUUGCGAACACACAGUAUUUGUACUUUGUGAUUGAGACAUUAAAACUCACCUGGAGGAAAACAUGGUGCUUUCAGUCGUAUUUAGAACACGUAGUGCACAUCAGCCUCACAAUCCUUUUCUUCGCCUGGCAAAACUUUAGUUUCACUCGGCUGUUUUCACAGAUGAAAAAAAAGCUACUUGGAAGAACCACCUGCUUCCACUCUUUCUUAGUUUUUGCUAAGCUAGGCUAACCACCAUGGAACAAUCGGACUGAUCGAGUUGAACGUUAAAGUCAAUAUUUUGGGACCUUGGAAAUAAAUUAAAAUCUAAGGUCAGCAUUCUAGCUUUUUCACAAGCAUUCUGCAGAGUUGGGCAAACUAUUUUGACAGACUACAUUAUAAAAAAAGUUUUUUUUCAAAUUGAAUGUCACGACAAAACAUUUCCUUGGAAAUGCAACGCAACGCGUGUGUGUGUGUUGCUUUUCAGGAGGGCCGCCCCGGUUUCUGCGUGUUUUGCAGCCGCUCCCAGCUUAGCUCACCUCAGCAGUAUUUCCCAGCACUUCCUAAGCUACGGCGAGCCGACUAGCGGAGUUUGGUUGUAAUUAAUCUGCUAUUGACCUUUUUAUGAAUGCAGUUUUGAUGUGGUUUGAUUAUAUAUUUCAGGUGCUCAAGAUAGUCCAGGGACAUGAAGUGGUGCUGGCCUCUGAUCCUGGAUCCCCACGUGUGCUUCUCUGUCGUUACUGAACACAGUCGCCUGGAUAGAGAAGGCAGCCCUGGUCCGUGAUGGCUCACCAUGUGUUGGGAACCAGCACACAGGUUGAGGGACAGUGAGCAGAUAGGAACCAGUUAGCUCUCACUUCCCCCUAAAUAGACUUUUUGUCCACUGGAUUGUUUGUACUUUUUCUCUCCAGAGUCAUGUGUGCUGUGACCUCGCGGCUCGUGUGCCUUUUGGACAGGUGUUGGCUUUAAACGUUCUAUCAUGGGUUUAGGUUGUGGGAUGGACUGGUUUAUAACUGGUGGUGGGGAGUUAUCCUUGAUUGUAUAUGGACUUGUGAAUACUACAUGGGAAUACUAUGGAAGAUAAUGUCCGUAAGAAAAAAUAAAAGAAAGGUAUAUUGUUAGGAAUAGAAAAGAUAAAAAUGUCAAAAUUAAAGGGUAAAUUCUGUGAGAAGAUUUUUUUUUUACUCAAAAGGACGAGAUCUUUUUCUAAUAAUAAUAAUAAUUGUCAUUAUUUUCAUUCACCGUCUCAAAAGUAUUAUCUAGUAUCUCCCAUUUCUGACUUUGAAAUGUACAAUUUUUUUGGGCUUCCAGUGAAAAGUGACAUAUCUCCUAAUUCUGACUUAAUAUCUCUAUUCCUUCAAUUAACUUUUUUUUCCUGACUGGAAUGGUAAAUUCCCAGAUAAGAACUCUUGGAAACCAGCCUGUCCAAAAAGCACAUUCUUUAGUAGUUUGUCUCUUUGAGUGUAGGUGCCGUCGUGGAGCUGGUGUCCACUGAACAGAGUGCGGAGUCAAACUCAGGACCUUACAUGGACAACAGUGUGUGUGUGUGCGUUUGUGUGUGUGUGUUUAGGGUUAAAAGGAAUGUUGAGGGGGAAAAGAAUCGAGUUUCCUGAUAUGAGGAUCUUGCUGCUAACUCCAAGGGCUCCCGUUUCGGUUAGUUUGAAAACAGUUACGACGGCUUCUGAGCGAACUCGUCCGUCACAAAAGUUCUGUAUCGCUCGGUCGGUCAAGAUGACCAUGACCAACUGUUAACUACAAUCGCUCUGUCGUUUUCUGUUCCCUGCCGUGUUUGCUCUCGGCCUCUGGUACACCAGAAGGGCAUUCUGGGAGCGCAGAGAUCCGCCAAGGCCGUUCCCAUUUGUGAAAGACAAUGUUUGCAUCUGCCUGUUAAUUCCGAUUCGCUCCAGAGUUUCGUGGGCUCUUCGGGGGCCCGUGCUACCACUUUCUACCACGUUUCAUCGGAAUCUAGCCGGUAGUUUUGACGUAAUCCUGCUGACAAACAAACCAAAUAAACCGAACUGAAAGCAGAACCUCCUUGGCGGUAUUGAUUACUGGAGUACUGCAGGUUGAUGCUUCGUGUUGCCAGAACAUCAUAAUCCCUCGGAGAGGAAUUGAAUAACUUGUCAAAUGCUAACGUGUUGUUUUGCCAAAGCAUCACUGAAAACGAGAACAAACCCGAUGGAUUGGUUGAACGGAGCUCCAGGUAGCCGUUAAGCUUCAACACCACAGUUGUGCUCUGGCUCCAGACCCCGAGGGAAACGGCUCAGAAUAUUGUGAUCAAAUAAAAACAACACUGUACAUCAUGUCCACCUGACACUAUAUUUUCUAUAUUUCAUAAAAACCUCCUUCACAAAUGAAUAUUAGGCUACAACACCCCCACAGGCUGUGGGGUAUUGGUGGUCUGACAGACUGGUUCAAGGCAGUUGUAGUAGAGUUGUAGUCACCUCCACUUCAUAUGAUGUACUGGGAGGAGACUUUAAAUGUCUUCCCACGAUAUGUCUACAGCAUCCUUGACUUGAGUUCAGCAGCUUACCUGGUGACAGAGAAAUCUGCGUUAAGGAGGCAACAAUGCAUUCAGAUGAUGCAUUAUAUGUUCAAUUGUGAAUGAGGUGCAAUAAGUCAUAAGGUCAUGUUCAGAAUUGUGCCUUGAUUCUUGUGAGAACCGCCUUCACCUCUUCAAAACAAAACUUACUCUCGCUGUCCCGGGUCAUGUUUGAGAUUGACAGCUCUGUGGUUCAGGGUUUCAAAGGAGCAAAGCCUUGUAUCCUCUGGUUUGGGAGGAUGCUAUGCUGUUUAUGUUUAUGGAUAUGCGCGUUCGCUGCAGGUAUCUACGGAGUGCCGAGGUACCUGGACCACAACAAGAGCCACAUAAGCCUAGCUAGAAAGUUCUGGUACAUUCCCUGACCUUUCCAGGACACACAGGGUUCUCUGAGUUGAGUGGGGAGAACAUGUAUACCUUUGCAAGCAGAAGUAUCUCGGCAAGAAGUUUUGUCAUCUCACUUUUACACGCCAAAAAUCCAUGUGGUCCAACAGAAGGAGCUAUAGGGCUUUAACUCAUUUAGUGAAUGAUGGUCCAGUUAAAAGAAUAAUAGGCCAUAAGCAAGGUAUGCUUCAGGGCGGGGCUACCUUUUAAUGGACAGGUCUUGACUAGAGCCAUGUAUGUAGUCUCUGCGUCACACCUCCGCAGUCCAAAUAGGGUCCCUUUUGUUGACCAAGAUGUGGAUGACCAAAAUGCCAAAAUUGAGACUUCAAAUGGGCGGUCACCAAACCAAUGGGUAACGCCACGACGACUACGUCCACUUCUUACACACAGUGUAUGCAUCAGAGCCAAGCUACAGUGGAGCCGUAGACAGUGGAUUGUCCAGAACAAUGACACUCUUGAAUUCACGAAAAAAGGUCUGACGAAGCGUUAUCUUUUUGAGGAUAUACCCAACCCUUAAUCCUUCCAUACCAUCCAGACCAAUGUAAUUCCGAGGAUUAGCCAGCAGGUGUCCCUGAAUCCAUCCCUAGGGCAACGAUAAGGAGGCACAGAAAACAGUCUGAAUGGACUGAGGUCUUCAGGAGGAACAGGACAACAAUGUCAAAUCUCAAGCAUGACUCUGGACAUGUUCCCAGAAGGGAUUAAACUGGUUCUACCAAAGGGAUACUUUUGAAAAGAGUUUGAUCUCAUGACGGUUUGUAGAUGGAACAACUGAAACUAAUAACAAAUGACAGCGACAUAAAUAAAAAGUGUUCAGGUGGCUGUGUUUUUAGGGGGAAAAAAAGAUUAAAAUCUAUUUUUAUUAUUUUUUACUUUGUACAAGUACCAUGAUGUAAUUACCUCAAUCAAAACCUAUUUUACUGUCCUAAAGUUCUAUUGUUGUAAAAAAAAAUACAAUUAUUUUAUGUAGUGUAAAAUCUUACAGUUUUAUAAAAAAAAAAUUAAAAAAGGCAAGUAAUGUUGGUCCAGAAAUUGUUGGUAUAAAUUGUGGAUUUCUGCUCCAUUGGUUUAAACUUUUGGUUUUGUUUUAUCUUCGAGGGCAUUUCUUUGGUUUGUACUCGCUAACCCAGGAUGAACAGGCAGAAGCUUCUGGAUGCUGGUCGCCUGUCACAAACCUCUCACUUCUCUGGCUUUGGGAUUCACUGGCUCUGCGGCCAUGAACCCCCGAGAAGCACUCUGUCACCAUUCAUUUCAAAUGUACUCUUUCAUUAACGUAGGGGGUUGUAGUUUGAGGGGUUUCGUGUCAUAAUAUAGCAGGUUUUUUUAGUGAAUACACAUGAAAUGUGUCACAGGAUCUUUUUGUCAUCAAUAAGGGAAGGCGGGAAUCAGAAUGCAUUUCAAAUGUAUUUCUUUUAAUCAUGUUAUAUCCUCUCCACAGUUUGUUGGAUGGGUCCUGUUAUGUAAAUAUUACUGAUUAAAUUAAUUUAAGGAUUUCUGAC